AUGGGCGGCAGCGACGACAGCGACGACGACGUCCCCGUGUCGCGGUUGCGCGGACAACGGGGGGACCCGCCGCACUCCGCGGCGUACCGCGAUUCGCGGAAGCGGACCUCGGAGGCGUCGGAUCCAUCGCGCGCCGAGAAGCAGCCCGCGGUAGGGUACACCGCUGCGAAGGCGGGCGCGGAGCUCGUCGCGGCCGAGCUCAAGCGAGCGCAGCAGCUGCGCGACGGCGCCCCCGCUUCGCGCCAGUGCGCGGACUACGUCCUCGAACGGAUCCGGGCCGUGCCGGAGCACGCCUGGUCGCGCGCGGCCGCCGGGCGCUACGACGCGCCCGGAUCCUUCCACGCCGCGUUCGUCGUGCACCUCGGGGCGAAGCGCUGCCUGGAGGCGCUGGAGAUCGCGCUCGGCACGGCGAGCGACGCGCUCGCCGCGGCGACCGGCGCCGGGGAGGCGCGUGACGACGCGGCGCGCCGUCGCGCAUGCGCGGCGGCGCUCCGCGGCGAGGCGCCGGACGACGGCGGCGGGCUCGCCCGGCUGCGCGACCGCCUCCAGCGCCUCGCGGCCGGCGCGGCGGCGAUCCCCAAGAAGGAGGCGGGCGGCCUCUGGGCGCUCCUGCGCGACGCCGAGGCCGAGGCGGCGGGCCGGCGCCCGGCCGCGCGCGCGUCGAAGAAGCUCGCGGUCCGGGCGCGCCUCUCCGGCGCGGUUGUGGCCGGCGGCGACCUCGUCGCGGUCGUCCAGGACGUGCGCGGCGCCUUCAAGGCGCUGCCCCCGCGCGGCGCGGCCGCGGCCCGCGCGCCGGCGCCGCCGCCGGCGGGCUCGGCGGAGAAGCGGCCGCCCAAGGUCGCCCGGCUCCGCAAGGACGCGACGGAGGACGAGCGCAUCGCCGCCAUGCUCGCGGCCCUCGCGGACUACGUGGCAUCGUUCUCCGCGACCAUCGAGGUCCGCAAGGAGGGCAGCACGGCGGGCACGUCGGACAUCUACUACUACGACGGCGGCGGCCGCCGCUUCCGGAGCCGCGCGGAAGCGGCGCUCGAGAUCACGACGAACGCGGCCGUGGCGCAGUUCCUGCGGCGGUGCCUCGCGUGGCACCGGCCCGCGCUCCUCGACGCUGACCGCUACCCGGCGGACGGCGGCGCGCUCGGGGCCGGCGCCGCGCCCGCGGCGCCGGCGCCGGCGCCCGGCGGCGCCGCGGCCGACGACGACGCCUGGGACUUCGACGCGGAGCCGCGCGGCCGCGUCGUCGUCGAGGCGCUCGGCGCGCUCGCGGGCGCGCGCGCCGCGGCCGGCGCGGCCGAGCGCUUCGCCGAGGCGCGGUCCCUCCACGCCGACGACGCCCCGCGGCCGGCGGCGCCGCCCCGGGGCCGCUGGGCCGCGUGCGCGUCCGCCGUCGCCGCGCGCCUCGCCGCGCACGACGACGCCGCGCGCGCGGCCGGCGGCCCCGGCGACGGCGGCGCGCCCGACGCCGCGGCCGCGCGCGACCGGGCCGUCGGCGACGUCUACCACGGGCUCGCCGAGCCCCUGGCCUGGGCCGACGGCGACGCCGUCGACCCGCUCGCGGCCGCGACGGACAAGCUCCGCUGCGGCGGCGCGUACGGCUGCCUCGCCGCGGCCGAGCGCGCGGCGCUCCUCGGCGCGCUGGCCCGCGGGGCCGCGCGCGCGGCCGCGGGAGAGUUGCGGGGCUGA